AUGGAUGAUGCCACAAUAAAUACUGCGGGAUUCUCGGCAAGAGUGUUUCAUAAUCUUGUAGAUAACGACAAGAAUGACUUUGUGAUUAAUGCCGCAGGAAACGUCGUUGUAAGAACGAGUGGUACGCGUCCAAGUGUCGCUAGGCCAAACCCACCACUUUUGUCUUUUUGGACCUGGAUGCCACCUCGAGCGCGCUCUCCAGCGGGCAGAACACAACAAUUCUACCCGACCCCAGAUGCGGCCACAUUUAGUGAUCUGUUAUUGUUCGAAGAGCGACUGAAGAGAAACGCGGGUGCAUUGAAGAGGCGGAAAACUCGAUAUCAAUGUAUGUCUACCAAGAUUUUUUCCUAG